AUGCGUCGUUCGGGUGUGAGGUGUGUGGCCCCGUGGGUGCCGCCGCCCCGCCACGAUGUGAAAGUGACGGUCCCGCCGCCCCCCGCCGGUGAAGUCGGCGGCCCCUUCGGCGUCUCGCGGGGGUACAGCGACCGACUCGCCCGCACGCCGUUCUGGAAGCGCAUGGCCCUCUCCACGUAUUCCAUGCGAAUGCAGGAGAAUGCCACCCGCUAUCCAAUGAGUGAACACCGCCCGGGGGAGUAUGAUAUCCGAUAUCUGCCAAGGCCCUAUCCAUGCACCGUUCGUAAUAAGGCAUUAUUGGAAGUGGGAGAACCACGAUUAAUACCUAGUAUUCGUAUUCCUGUUAUAUUUCUCGUGAAUUUAUUUAAUGAAAAGAAAAAUUGCUGGUUUGGACGUAAGUUUGAGACGGUGUAUGUUAGUAGACGAUUUAUGCGGGAGGAACUUAUGCCGCAGCGGUAUGCUAUUUAUGCCACUCCAGAGGCCUAUGCCUUACUUGGUUUACCUGUGGUGGAUCAUGGUGUACACGCAGAAAUUCCAAAAACACCACGCGAAUAUGAAAAAUUGUUAGAACGUCAAAAAUAUGAUGAAGAACGAUGGAAGUAUUCAAUUGAAUAUCUUUUCCGAAAGUAUGAGGCGGGACCACCAGAAUUAAUGGAUCGUGCUGAAGAUACAUGGGAUGGAACGGAAGAAUUGGAGUUGUCAUCCUCUGCUGCUGGAGCACGUGAUGGGGCAGCGACUCAGCGGAAAGGUCCUAUCAAACAACGCAAGGCAAGAAAGAUUAAACUCUUUUAG